GAUAGAUGCGGUGCCAUCCAUACCUGCCGUGGCUGGCUCCGGCUCUGCGUUUCAGGAGCUGAGCCUGCGUUAUCGUGAGACUGGCCGCUUAUCAUGCGUUACGCUCCCUUGCCGCGCCUGCAACCGAGUCACCGCCAGACCACGCGCUUCUUUCUCCGUGCCAAUUGCUGACACCUGCCCUCUCUUGGCCAGCUUUACUCUGUAUAAACGCUAUUCAGCAUUGUCUUAAUACAUCUCUUCGUCCCUUCACCCCGACAAUCGAGCGAAUUCGACGACCCCCCCAGCGAGACUCGGUCGAGCAUGUCAGCAGCCGCCAUGCAACAGACACCCGUCGUGCCGCCCCGUCCGUCCAGGGCGACGGACAAGGACGCCUCCGCGGGCAUGCCUAAGAUCCCUCCGCGGCCCGUCAACAAGAGACUCGACCGCUCCGUCUCGCCCAACCCCGACCGCUUCGCGCCCUCGCCCCUGCACGGCGGCAUCGCUCCGCGGGACCCCAACGCCACCCGCCUGAGCGCCCACUACGCCCACAAGGAGCACGCCGAGGACCCCGUCGAGCGCUCCGGUAGCGUGCCGAUGCCCUCGGUUGGCGAGGAGGGCGUUGAGUACAGCGCAGUCGCCAGCGAGCUGGAGCACGAGCGGACGACGUCCCCCGAGCAGACGCGCACCGUCGGCGAGGAUCUCAAGCUCCACGCCCCCAAACCCUCGCUGCCCGCCGUCAGCGCCAAGCAGCAGGUCAUGGCCGUGACGCGCACCGACUCGGACAAGGCCGCGUCCUUUGGCAUCGGCCGCCCCACGAGCGACGCCGGCGAGCGCUCCGGCUCCCGCAACAGCUUCAGCCAGAAGAAGCGCCCCAGCAGCACCCUGUCCGCCUACAGCGACCACCACACCGAGGACGAGCACGGCAUCCCCGAGAUCGGCCAGCGCGUGCCCAUGAACCCUCACCUGGGCGACGUCCAGGCCCCUUCUCCCGGUCCCGGCGCCGAGAGCAAUGGCAACAAGAAGCAUCACAACCGCAAGCACAGCGCCACCCGUCUCCCACCCGGUAGCUACGGCCUUCACGGCCACGGCAUGACGCCCCAGGACAAGCUCGACAAGGCCUACUACCAGAAGCACCCAGAGGCACUCGAGCGAGAAAAGCACACGCCGCUACACGAUCGCCAAAACAACUACGCCAUGAGCAGCUCCGACCUGAACAAGCUCGUGCGAGACACAGCCAACCGCCAGGCUGCCCAGAGCAUCGCCGACAUGCGUGGCACGCCCACGGACGAGGUCGCCUUCCAGGCCAGCGAAGAGUACGCCACACGCAUGUCCUCGCGUCCCACGUCCACCAUCGCCAAGGGCGUCACCGACAAGGCCACAUCUGACGCCGAGGCGGGAGACAAGCCCAUUCACGUGGACGACGCCAGGCAUCCCGAGUUCUACCAGUACGGCGACGAGGACAACGCCGAGGGUGGCGAAGAGGAAGACUACACCGCCCCGAUCCUGGCCCAGGACGAGGUGCUCAAGGAAAAGGAGCGCAAUCAUCAUCACCCCGCUGUGCGCCCUCACCUUGAGCGCCGCCGCAGCUCGCAGAGCUAUGAGGAAGCGCCCAGCCGCCCCACCAGCCGCACCAGCAGCAUUCGCGUCACCAUCUCUCAGCCGGAGUACAACGCGACGACGCUGGAGGACGUGGAGGAAUACGAGCCGCUAUUCAACGACGAGGGCAAGGACGUUAGGCAGGUGGAGAAGCCUAAGCACGAGCCCGCCGAUGAGAACGAGUGCCGUCAUCACUUCCCCAGCAAGGACAUCUGGGAGGACGCCCCCAGUAGCGUUCACUACACAGCGACCGUGUCCACGCCCGAAGUGCCCGACCAGAACCGGCGGCGGUCUUCGGCCUACCACGAGGACCGCCCAAUCACCCCGGCGCAGGCCUUUGCGCAGUACCAGGAGCAGCUGGCCGAGAAGGAGGCCAGCGGCCGCGUCAACAACUUCCUGCCUCUCUCUGAGGAUAAGCCCACGUGGAUCGGCCACCAGCCGCAUCUGCAAGCUAAGCGCGAGCGCCCGGCUUCUUCCCGGCGGUUCCCCAGCCGUGACGUGUGGGAGGAUGCUCCGGAAAGCCACUGCCACGAGGCGACCGUCUCCGGAUCGCCGACGGAAGACAAGAAGCCUGAGAUUCCGGUCCGGCCUGCGAAGAAGCCGUCUCAGACGUCGGAGCCGCCCAGCAUCCCUGAGCGCCCGCAAGCCCGGCAGGGAAGCGGUGACGAUUCAGCCAAGGGGCGCCCGCCCGUGUCCGACAAGCCGAAGCCCCAGAUCCCUCCCCGUCCCACUAAGAGCACGUCGGGGGAUUCAAAGGAAGGCUCCUUCUCUAAACCGAAGCCGCCGGUGCCCAGUCGUCCCACAGGCAGCAAAAUUGCAGCCCUGCAGGCGGGCUUCAUGAGCGACCUGAACAAGCGGCUCCAGCUCGGGCCGCAGGCGCACAAGAAGGAAGAGACAGCUAAGGAGGAAGAGCCUGUUGAGGAGAAGGAGAAGGCCCCCCUGUCAGACGCGCGAAAGGGCCGGGCUCGCGGUCCUCAGCGUAGAGCCCCGGCCAAGAGCCCUGCUGCAGCUCCCGCCGCCGCUGCGCCGACAUUAUCAUUUUCGCUGCCUCAGAUGUCGUGGUCAAUUGAUCCCGACGGCGGUUACGUGGCGCUCGGCGGUGAGGCGGAGGCUGAGCCCGAGGCGCCAAUGGUCGAGCCCCUGGUGUCAAGUCCGGAGAAGACGGUGCCCGAGGAGCCCCCUGAGGCGGCUCCAGUCGAAGAGCCCCCGGCCGUGAAGACUGCCGCGGAGCCAAAGGAGCCUGAGGAAACGAUCAAGGCGCCUGAGCAGGCACCCAAGCAGCCGAAGUCGAAGGAGCCGGAUGAGACUGCCAACCCGGAUGAGCCGGUCAAGGAGGCGACCCUGGCGGCCAACAUGGCUGGCGAGAGCAUCCUAGAGGCAACGGUCAAGGAGGAAGACGGCGGUAAUGAGGUUGAGCCGGUCGAGGUACACGAUGACGUGAAGCCGUAGCGGAAGGUCGCGUACAUGUUGGUUUUGCGUCUUGAGUACUGUGUUUGACCGACUUGAAAUAGAUCCAAUUGGACCGUAUCGGCUGUCUCGACUCGCCGGGACUGCCUUUGAGCCGUGAUGCAUAUUGUUAUUGUACAUGGACUAGCCUUGGAUUUAUAAUGACACGCUCUACCUCCUUCUCCC